AAGGCCAGGGUUGCCCCGGGGUAGGUUACUCAUCCUAGGCUCAGGUAAGAGGACCCGGGCUGGGAGGUGGCACACCCAGGGGGACGCCGAGAGAGCAGGACAGAGCCAUGGGCCCCGCCGGGAAAGCAGAUGCCGGGGCAGUGAUCUGGAGCACAGCCUGCCUGUUCUUGCUGCCGCUACUGCUUCGCGAAGGAGCGCAGGCCCUGGAGUGCUACAGCUGCGUGCAGAAAGCGGACGAUGGAUGCWCUCGGCAGAAGAUGAAGACGGUGAAGUGCGCGCCGGGCGUGGAUGUCUGCACCGAGGCCGUGGGGGCGGUGGAGACCAUCCACGGGCAAUUCUCGGUGGCAGUGCGGGGCUGCGGUUCCGGACUCCCGGGCAAGAAUGACCGCGGUCUGGACCUCCACGGGCUCCUGGCUUUCAUCCAGCUGCAACAGUGCGCUGAGGACCGCUGCAACGCCAAGCUCAACCUCACCUCGCKAGGGCUCAACCCGGCAGGCAAUGAGAGUGCGUAUGAACCAAACGGCUCCGAGUGCUACAGCUGCGUGGGGCUGAGCCACGAGAAGUGCCAGGGUACAGCGCCGCCGGUGGUGAGCUGCUACAAUGCCAGCGACCGCGUCUACAAGGGCUGCUUUGAUGGCAACGUCACCUUGACCGCAGCUAAUGUGACUGUGUCCUUGCCUGUACGGGGCUGUGUCCAGGAUGAGUCCUGCACCCGGGAUGGGGUGACAGGCCCGGGGUUCACCCUCAGCGGCUCCUGCUGCCAGGGUUCCCGCUGUAACUCGGACCUCCGCAACAAGACCUACUUCUCUCCUCGAAUCCCACCCCUUGUCCUGCUGCCCCCUCCAACCACUCCGGCUCCAACCACUCAUAUCCCAAGUACCUCUGUCCCCACUUCCACGCCAGCCCCAACUGCUGCCACCUCUACCACCAAACCCACCCCAGCCCCAACCAGCCAGACAACUCCCCAGGAAGUACAGCCUGAGGUCUCCCGGGAAGAGGGGUCACGAUUGGCUGGAGGUGCUGCUGGUCACCAGGACCGCAGUAAUUCGGUACAGUAUCCCUCCAAAGGUGACGGCCAGCACACCUCUAACAAAGGCACUACAACCUUGGGGGCCGGGCUGGCAGCUCUUCUAUUGGCUGUGACUGCUGGGGCCCUAGUAUGA